ACACACACACACACACACACACACACAUUCCUGUCCAUGAGUGUAUCGCUUACAGGAGAAAGCGAAACCAUGGCGGAGGAAACCUUGGAGAAAACUAUAGGGGAGGAAGGGAGGAAAAAUGUUGAUCAGCCUUGGAGGAAAAGACGAGGGAAUAUUUGAGACGUGAGGUGGCGGGUUGUCCUCAAGUGGAAUAUAUCUAUUUGAGUCGAUAUUCUCUUCUCUGUUCUUUGUCCCCUUGCUGCUAAAACUGGCAUGAACAGGAACAUUAGUAGCUCUGUAAGGACGCAAUUGAAGGUGACAGUAGUGCUCUCCAGAUAAAAUUGUGAUAGAAAAAGGUGAUAUGAUUGUGUUGCAACGGAAAUACAAAACCCUGGCGAAGAAGAUUGUGUUGGGUGCAUUGAUCUUCUUUGGGGCGUUGGCAUACAGUCUACGGAGCCUGCACGUGGUGAGGGAGGAGGGCGAGGUGCACGUGGGGCUGGGGGCGGUGCACGGGGCGAGAGAGCUGCACGUGGGCACGACUCUGGGCUGCUGGAGGGAGCGUCUGAAAGGACCGGUGGACGGGGAGGAUGCGAGGGUGGUGGAGGCCUUGAGGAAGCACCACCUCCACCCACCCAGCACCAUCAGGCCCUACUACCUCGACGCCUACAGCAACAGACUCAACUACAAGGACAUGGAGUCGUGGAAGUUCCUGCACGAGAGGAUAGUUCGACUCAUGUCUCAGCGUCCUCCCGGGUUCUUCGUGGAGGCUGGGGCGCUGGACGGCGAGUACCUCUCCAACACCCUAUACCUCGAGAAGGUGUAUGGAUGGAAGGGGCUGCUGGUGGAGCCUAACCCAAAUGCCUUCAAACACCUACUGAAGAAGAAUAGACGUGCCUGGUCCUCCAACAGCUGCCUGGCCAUCACGCCCUACCCAAAGGAGAUGGUUCUUCAGGCCAUAGAUACCCAUGCUGAGACAGAGACCACGCAGGCCCUGUGGGUGAUCCGGGGCAGCUCCUUCCUGAUGGAGGCUGGCGGCCCAGACCAGAAGUACCAAGCUACCGUGUAUGACUCUUCCUAUGCCACCGUGCAGUGCUUCCCCCUCGUGUCCUACCUCAGAGCCCUCAACAUCACAAAGGUGGACUUGCUUUCCCUUGAUGUGGAAGGAGCAGAAAAGCAGAUCCUGGACACACUGCCUUGGAGCACGGUGGAGAUCUCCGUCCUGCUGGUGGAGCAUCAUGGGAACGUCAAGGGGAAGGACACCAAGUUUGUGGAGAGUGUGGAGGCUCAUGGAUACCACCUCUAUGACUACCUCAUUGACAAGGACAACAUAGGGGACUACAUAUUUGUCAGGAAUGGCUUUGUAUAGACACAAUGGGCUCUAUUAAUGGCAGGCUGUGUACUACUGUUUUGGAAUUAAGUGAUUGGCAAAACUCAAUCUGCCUUUGCAAGGCCAUCUUACAUGUAAAAUGCAAGAACAAAAUAGUUAAACCUUUCAC